CACCAUCUUGAUUUCUCGCGGAGAGCGACCCACCCAGCAGCAGUGUCACAGUAGUACGCUGUGCUCUCGUAUACGGCGGGUGAGUGGUGGCUUCCGUACACAGCGAGUCGUUCAGCAGAGCCCCAAACGUUUUCCGCAAACGGGUUUUCGUCGUUCAGUCAGUGCGUCGCCGUUUCUUCGUAGAGGAUCGCGGCCGAGCCGAAAGGGGGGAAUUCCUGUAAUUCAGUCCGAACGCGGCACACGGAUCGUCGUCGUUCGUUGAGAGAGUUUCACCGAGAAAGAGAGAGAGACGACCGAUCGAGGAAAGAUGAAGAAGGGGAUGCUGGUGCCCGCACUGCUGGGCGUCUUGAUGGUCUGCCGUGUCCAGGCGGUGUCGGAGAGGCUCGAGUUGGCACCCGCUGGAGGAAGAUCAGAGCCGCAAGUCGCUACGUUAUGCGAGGCCGGCGAGGUGUAUUUGGCGCAGCAUAUGGGCGAACAGGGACGUUGGGUCUCCUCGGCUGACAAGAAGAGCUGCAUGACGGACAAGCUCGAGAUCCUCGAAUACUGCAAGAAGGCUUAUCCGAAAAGAGACAUAACCAACAUCGUCGAGUCGUCGCACUACGUGAGGGUCAGCGGAUGGUGCAAGCCAGGAAGAACUAAAUGCAAAUUGUCACGUUGGGUCAAGCCUUACAGAUGUCUCGAGGGACCGUUCCAGAGUGACGCGUUGCUCGUGCCGGAAGGCUGCCUGUUCGAUCACCUUCACAAUCAGACGAAAUGCUGGGAAUCGCACAGGUGGAACGCGACUGCAGCGGACACCUGCAGAGAAAGGAACAUGAAUCUGAGAAGCUUCGCGAUGCUGCUGCCGUGUGGAAUAUCGCUGUUCUCCGGCGUCGAAUUCGUAUGCUGUCCGAAACACCUCAAAGGUACGUAAC